UUGCUCCUCUCACUCUCAUACAAUCUCAGCAGUACAUUUGCACAUCAUUAUGUCAAGUUCACAAUCUUUGAAGAAUAUUGACAUAAAUGUAUACUUCGGUGGACCCCUUUACAAUCCUGAAGGGAUUGACGGAUUUCCAUUUAGAGGGGAGGGUAUUGAAUGCUACUACAUGAUGUUAUGUCGUAAGUUGAAGACGUUGACUGAUUUGAAGAGGAAAAUAAUGGACGAAUUGAAAUUGAACCCUGCUUGGUAUGACAUCAAGAUUAUUUAUCGUUACCCACAAGAAGUUCUUCAUGAACGGAUAAAUUACGGGUAUAUGGCGAUUAAAGAAGAUAAACAUGUAAAGAUGAUGUUUAAUAGGAUCCAGAAAAUGUCCCAAGUAAAUGCUGCUGAGUUGUAUGUAAGUUUGGAGGCGAGUGUAGACAACAGUACUGAGGUGGUGCAAGAAACAUCUACGGCUUUACAAUUUACAACCCUAGAUAAUGGAUGCACUACAAUGGGAGGGUAUGCAAUGGGAGGUUAUACGCUCCCAUCUCAAGAUUAUGUUGCAAAUACUGGUGAAACCCUCUACUCUCAAGAGACACAUUUAGAGGAGGAAGACGAAGACGAAGACGAAGACGAAGAUCAUGCUGCGAAUGAUAACAUAAAUAAUGAUGAUAUGGAUCAGUACGAAGAGAGGAUUGAGCAAGGUGACUUUGAGAACGAUGUGGAUGAGCAUGAAGUCGUUCCUAAUUUUGAAGAGGAAAAUAUGGAGUACCAUGAUGAAGGGUUGACUUUUGCAAAUAAAGCUGCGGUGAAGCGUGCAUUGAUAAUAUACGCAGCAAAGGAUAAUAGAAAUUUCUCCAUCCAAAGGUCGAGCACAACUCAAUUGUGCGCCGCAUGCGUUGACGACAACUGCAAGUGGUACGUUGGGGCAUACAUGAAGUCUAAAUUGAAUGGUCUGUGGAUGGUCACGUCUUAUGUGGGUCCACACAGUUGUAUACCCUUUGGGCUGCGAAGAGACGGUAGAAUGAUGGAUUCUAAUUUUGUUGCAUCAGAAAUUGUGGGAAGAUUGCGAAAAAAGCACACUGCUACUAUUGAUGAGCUUUGGGAGAUCAUACGUACUAAGUAUGAUCAUGAGCUUUCUUACUAUAAAGUAUGGGACGCAAAACAGAAGGCAAUUGCUAAGAUUUUUGGGGAUUGGGAGGAGUCUUACCAAAGGUUGCGAAAGUUGUUGUUGGCAUACUUGGAUCAGGAUUCGGGUACCCAGUAUAGCUAUCACACCAUACCUAAGCCAUUAGAAGGUACUACGUUACUGCGCUAUGUAUAUUGGGCAUUCGCUCCAUGCAUUGCUGCAUUCCAGUAUUGUAGGCCAGUGAUCAGUAUUGAUGGAACUCAUUUAUAUGGUAAAUACAAAGGGGUAUUGAUGAUUACAAUGGCAACGGAUGCUAAUCAAAAGGUUUUGCCUAUCGCCUUUGCUGUUGUGGAUAAGGAGUCAGGGGCUAGUUGGGGGUGGUUUUUAGAGUAUCUCAGGACUUCGAUAGAGCGUGUUAUUGAAAACAAGGACAUUUGCAUUAUUUCUGACCGACAUAAAGGUAUCAAAUGCGCCAUUCGAGAGUGGCCUAGAGGGCAAGACGGAAGAGAACAGCUGGAUAUGCGACUCAUGAUGCUAAAUUUGUGUCCAUAA